AUGCGGCCAAAAACAAGUGCGGAUUGUGCCCUACCGAACCGAGAAGUGCAAGAAUACCAACCAAAGGGGAAUCGACUCCUGAAUGAAACGAAUCCAGACGCGGUCAAUGUCACAACCUGCAAGAAAGAGCGAGUGGAAAAUCGCUCAGCGCAUUUGGCGAAAAACACAGGGCAAGGGACAAGCAGACCUUCGCGAUACAGAGGAGAUAGGAACGUUCCAAAGGGUUCUUUUGAGUCGCAAAAGAAAAAAAUCUCCGACCCGGAGAUGAAAAUAUUCUUCGAACCGCAGCCCAUCAGAGGAGCCCGACGUACUACCUCUCUCCCAGAGCGCGACUCUCCCGCUUCAAUUCUGAAAAGGGAGAAAGCGCACUCCGAAGAACUGCCCAGCACGUCCAGAGCAAAGGAAGAUCGUUCUCCCCGUCGUCAGUUGGACACAAGCUGCGUUCCGCCCCCUGGAAGUCCCCCUAAAAAGCGAAAGAAAGCAGUCACCAAGCAGCAGUUUCGCGCGAAACAGAUGGAUCGGCUUCGAAGGAACGCCAAAAAUAUGAACAAAUAA